GAUGCGCCAGCGGCUGGUGCAACAAUUGCACCGCCAGCGUUUGCAGCAGCAGCAACAACUGCAGCAGCAACACGAGCAACACGAGCCACACCUGCAACAUCAGCAAAUCGCACGCUCACGAACACAGUCGCAGCCACAAAAGCAGCCAACCAUGCACGAGGGGGUUCUGACCAACAGUUGCAGCACCCAAACACUGGCCUCCAGCUUUUGGCAGCCAUCCCAGCGAGUGGAUCGCUCGCGGGAGCAACUGCAGCAGUCCACCUUCGAGGACUAUCGCAAGAACUUGUUCGGCACCCUGCGAAGGCACGGCAGCCUCGAGGAUAAUGAUGAGCUGCAGGACGAGUCGUUCAUUGUGAAUGCGGCUUUUGAUGAGAUAUUCUCCUGCUACGAUGACGAGAACGAGGAUGACAAGGGCACACAGACGCAGACCAAUACCGAUGAUCUCUUCGAGGACGAGCACAUGCUGGUCAGCCUGAGCGAACUUGAUGACGAGGUGUUUGCCAGUCGAGCGCAAACGGCCUCGACCACGCCCACCGCCAGUGCGGGAAUGGGGGCUGGGCGAACGCCCAAACACAGCACGCCCCAAUUGAACCUGAACAAGUAUGCGGCUCCAUCGCCGCCUCGCUCCCGCACACUCACCAAUCUCUUCGAGCGCUUGAAGUCGCAGGACAGCAGGACGCUACAGAAGUAUGCUGCCGAUGGGGCGCUCAACAAGACAGAGGACUUCAAUAGAGGCUCCACCGUUAGUAAGUCCUUUGUCCAGCAGCUGAGAAAGCCCUCUCACAAGCAGAAACGAGCGCCGAGGCCACCGCCUAAGCCACAAUCCCGCUCCCAGGUGGCCAUUGCCCAUGUGACACCCCUCCGCAAAGCACUGAUCUUCCCCAAGCGAUCCAAGUCCUCCAGCGAACUACUCCUUGACGAUCUGAGCGUCCAGGCGCGUAAGUAUCAGCGAAAGAUAGAGCAGGGAUCAGCGCUGUAGACAGGAACAAUGGGCACCCAGUUAUGCACCUGUUUCUCACCUGUUGUCCAGUUAUUUGACCCCACCUAGAUAAUAACUCGAUUUUUUCGCAUUUCCGUUUACCCAGAGGCGACGCUUUUGUAGAAUAAGUGACCCCCAAACCAAAAAGUAAACGACCCGACCCCUACUACUUUCGAUUCUGAUCAAGACCCUCUUAUCGAACCUGAACCCGAACCCGAAUCCGAACCCGAAUCCGAUGUAGAUGUGGAACAAGUGCAGCUAUCCCGCCGCCAUAAUGGAAGACAAAGAUACGACCCGAAGCAAGCCCAAAGAGAAUUGAGCCAUACGAGGAAUAGCACCCGAAGAACUAAACUAAUUUCGUAAUUUACCCGUAGUUAAAUUAAGCCAAUUACUCGAAACUGCAUGAAAAUCAAAUCAAAAGAUGACUAACCAUAUUUAUAAAUACAACCAUAUACGAGUAUAAAUAUACAUAAACAUUACUGUACAAAUAGGUUCAAAGAUGCCCCGAGAGCGGGUUAGAUAUGGAAAUAAAAAUCAAACGACAAUUCGUGCUCUCAGCCUAGUUAUUUACGAGUACACGUUUGUCUCUUCAAUUAUUAUUUAAAUUCAUCUAAAGAAUAUACCAUACAAACGCGAUAUACAUCUUACAUUAUACGGAUAUAUAUAGCAUAUA